CCUCUCUCCAUCAACUUACCUGGAGACUAAUGCACUUCAGUGACAAGUCAUAUAUUGGAGCUUUCAGGAAAAGCAGUUUCCCAUGAGUUGCAAUUAGGAUUUGGAAGUUGACGUGAAUGCUAUUUGCAAGUCGGAAAAAUAAGGUGCUAUGGAGACAGUUACCCUGCCAAUGUGGCGAGUGCAAUGAGGGGAGGAGGGGGCAAAUGAAGUCUCGGCCACAAGACAACGACCAAUGUGUUGAAAACAAAGGGACCAGCAACAGAGGUGUAAACGGAGAAAAGGAAGCAUGAUAUAAGAAGACAGUGAAAUGAAAAGUUCUUGUCCUUUAACUUUGGCACAGCAGAGGGAUAUGUCCAUGGCUGGAAGAAACAGCAUCUCCAAGUGGAGGACAUACAGUGUGAGUUGGAUAUGAAUCUGCUUUGCUGGGGUAGCGGGGAGCUCGGCCAGACUGGACAUGGCAGGCCAGGGGACAUCGGUCCAGAGGACGCCCAUCUGAGAGAGUUCACAAUGGCAAGGCUGGGCAGAGUGAAGCUACUGGCAUGUGGAUCCACUCACUCCAUUGUGGUUACAGUGGACAACAAGAUCUUUGCAUGGGGAAAUGGCACCAGUGGACAGCUGGGUGAUGGAGAGAGGGCAGUAAAGGACCAGCCUGUCCAGGUUAAGUUGCCACGGGAACUGAACGUUAAAGGGAGCGACGCAGAUGUGGAUGUCGUCGACAUAGUCGGUGUGACCUGUGGAAGCAGACACUCCUUCAUAUGGACUGAAGCCGGGCAGGCUUACAGUUUUGGAAACAACUUUUACGCCCAGCUCGGUUAUGACGUCCAGAGGCUCGACUUCAAAGACCACCAGCUGGCACCGCGUUUGUUCAAGAAUCUUCCAUCAUCUCUGAAAAUAUCUCAAGUGGCCUGCGGAGAGCGACACACUCUGUUUGCGCUGGAGGACGGCAGCGUGGCGGCAUGUGGGCAGAAUGAUUAUGGACAAAUUGGCAGCGGCUCUGAUGAACGUGUGGUCGUCCCUCGCUUUGUUGAGUGCGUGGACCGUGUGUCGAAGGUCACCUGUGGGGCAAACCACAAUCUUGCACUGACAGGUGACGGCAGGUUGUUUCAGUGGGGCUGUGGACGGGCAUGUGGGAACAUAAAGAGGAACAUCCUUUUCCCAGAGGAAGUGAUGCCACCAAGCUCACCAGUGAGAGACAUUGCUGGAGGAUGUUGGCAUAGCCUGCUUCUAACAGAUGGUGGGAAUGUCUUCUCCUGGGGGAUGGGGCAAGAGGGACAGCUUGGACUCGGGGACGACUGUAUUCAUAGCUCCGAACCUCGUCUUCUCAGCUAUUCUCAGCUAGCUGAGAUCACACAGAUACAAGCAGGGGACAGCUACAGUGCAGCCAUCACAGCAGGCGGAGAGCUGCUUCUCUGGGGUCAGAUCCCCUGUGUGUCCCGGGUCAUUGAUCAUCCAGGCCUCAAAAAGCUCUGGACCCCUCAGCCUGUUCCACUGGCAGGCAGAAAGGUGUGUGAUGUGGCCUGUGGUACCUGGCACAUGAUGGCCCUCACCACAAGGAGCAGAGAGAAGAACAGAGAAUGUGCUCACUCAGAAACUGAAGCUCGCUUCAGAGACCUUGUCAGCGAUCCCCUGCCGACGGAGCGCACAGAGAAAGAAAACACAGCGCAAGAAUCUGAGAAUGAAGAGGAAGAAGAAAGACAUGAAGAAAGACCAAACAAAGAUGACGGAGAUGGAGUUUUACACGAUUCAGCAUUUACCAGGUCUUCAACAAGGAUGGACAGGAGAGGAAGUGUCCACUCAUCAAUCAAAUCUGAUCAAGGGGAUGAGAGGGAGAGUUGCAGGACAGCCGGGUCGCGGGAGCUGAGGAAAAGAACAUGCAGAAGCAGAGGACACAGAGACAUAAUAUUCACCACUUUGCAUCUUUUACCCAGGUCAGAGGGAGAGCAAUGCAGGCCCACUGCCAGCACUUUACCCCGACUACAGACAGGACAACAAAUUCAUAGCAGAGUUUUAGCUGAGGCUCGAAAGGAGAGAUCUACACAUCUGACUGGAUUGGUCCAAAAUCAUGGAAGUGACAGCAGCAUUUUAAAGAGUCCCAGACUCAAACCCAGACCUCCUGGGAGAUGUACAGGUUCUGUGGAUCAGAGUGUAGCCUCUUGUCAUCGUUCAGAAAUUAGACUACACACUGGCCUCAAGUCUCCGAUAUAUAAUUCUUCUCCCCAUCUGAGCCCUGGACAGCAAGCUUGGAUGCCAUCCCCUUCCUUCCACCUGGGACCACAAGUUGGAACCUCUCUUUCUCAAACUCCUUCCUCUUCUGAACUAUUCAGGUACUGUCCAACCCACAGAAGAGUGGUUUCUUCCUUUGGCACUUCUCGGAAGAAUCUAUAACAAUCCACAGAUCCCCUGUAAAAUGUAUCUGAAGUUUUAAUGUUUGAAACAUGUACCCUUUUAUAUCAGGCUAUGUCAACUUUGAAAUUCAAAUAAAUUUAUGUUCAUCGUUUAGCCACCCAGAUAAUACACCUCUCAUUCAUUAAUUCAUCAA